CGCUGAAGCGAAGCAGCCCGGUCCUCGCGCCCGGUAGGUCCGCGCGAGCAUGAAAAGCGCGAGCAGUUCCCGUGCGGGCUCUGCCUGCUCCAGACUCAUCGACGUGACCAGCAACGCGCCGUUGCUGCGCCCUCCCGCCAUCGUCUCAACCUCUUCAGAAGCGGAGCAGAGAACUCAUAAUUAUUUGCUACUGGAUGUUCCUGACACUCGAGAACAGCUAGUCCAUUAUCGGAAUGCAGCAGAAACAGCCAGAAGUGAGCUUGCUGCACUCCUAGUGAAGUACGAAUGUGCCCAAGCAGAGAUUCUAGAACUUAAGUCCAAAAUAGCCUCACAAGAAGUGUCUAUCCAAGAACUCAAGGCUGAAGUUGGGGGCUAUAAGGAGAAUGAUGCUCGCCAAUCUUCUCUCCUUUCUUCUAUGCAACAUAAAUUCCAGGAACUUGAGAAGGAUUCUGGCACAAUUGCCAUUUCUAAACAUCAAGCAGAGCUAAAAGCACAGGCUAUUCUCCAGGAGAACUUGGAACUUAAGGAGAAAAUCCAUGAACAAGAAGGGCAGAUCAGAAAAUAUUUGAACAAAUCUGAAGAAAGCAAGUCCCAUGCAUCUAAAGUCAUCAGGGAACAGACUGAAUUCUUUGCACAACUUUGUCAUCUUCUGAAACUAGACAUAAGAGGAAAUGAAGAGUCACCAGAACUACUGCUUUCCAAGAUCCGUGAUAUGUGUAAAGAAAAUGACAUGCUAAAAGAAGAAAUAGCCACCCUCAGAGAGGCCGUAACCAUUCAUGAGAUGGAGCUGAAAGCCAACAGAGAAACCAUCAUGAGGCUUGUCUCAGAAGUGAAUAAAGAGCAAAAAAUAGCCGCAGCUUGCUCUCAAGACAUCGAAAAGCUAAGUGAUGAUCUAAACAACGUUACAGGAGCUAAGCAGAAUCUUGAGGAGGAGAUCAGAAACCUCCAAGACAGACUGGCUGCCAGCCAAACGGCUUGGGAAGAAGUGGGCCAACUCAGGAUACACUGCAAUGAAAAAGAAGCAGAACUGAGAACUAGUCUAGAGCAGGCCAGGGCAGAAAAAAAGUUGCACAAUGAAUUCAAAGACCAAAUAGUGACUUUACUUGGGAGUAAUUCCACUCUGGCUGCACCAUCCAAGGAAGACAUUGUGGAAAAAAUCCGAGAGUUGUGCCACAGAGAGGAGGGCAAAAAAACAAUGGUAUCCCAGCUUGAAGCCCAGAUAAGUAAACUUACCGAGACCCUGGAGACUCAGGCAGUAUUGCACCAGGAGGCCUUACAAAGGGCCAAAAAAGCAGAAAAUAAAUUGGAGAUGCUUCAUGAUCAGUUGAUGCGUCUAGAAGGAGAGCUGGUGUCUGGAGAUGUGAUGCGAGAUGUUUGGAAACUUGAGAAACAACAAUAUCUUAAGUUUUUGGAUCAGCUCUCUGAAAAGAUGAACCUGGACAGCAUAGCAGAGGAGGUUGGAUUUGACAUGAGGUUGGAUGCAGUGCUGGCUCGUGCAGAACAGUUGAUCAAAUUGGAAAGAGACACAUUGACUGACAAUAAGAUCAUGGCCCGAAACCUGCAGAGGAAGGUAAAAGCUCAGAAAGAGCAACUUGAGAACAAAGAGCUGCACAUGAAACUUUUGCGUCAGAAGAUCAUCCAGCUGGAAGAGGAGAAGCAAGUGCGUACAGCCCUGGCUGUAGAAAGAGAUGAGGCCAACCUCACACUCAGAAAGUUACAAAAGAAAAUAGACCGAUUGCAGAACGAACUUUCUUUGGCAAGAGAAACAAAUACAGAUCUGAAAGUUAAACUUGCUGACACAAAUGAACUGAAGAUCAGAGCACUGGAGCAGGACAAAACCAUAGAAGAAUUAAGCAAGUCCCAAGAGAAACUGGAAAAGAUGAAGACAAAAGCUGAGAAGCAGUUAACCUCUGUCAAAUCAGAGUUACAUGUCAGAGAGCAUGAAGCAAAGGAAGAUAAAGAGAAGGCUAAACAUUUGCUGGAGUCUGUGACUACAGAAGCAACAGCACUUAAAUCAACUCUUGAGGAAGUCAUGAAAAGAGAGAAACAGCUGGCAGACUUCCGAACAGUCAUCUCUCGCAUGCUGGGUCUCAAUAUUGCCACUGUGGCGCUUCCUGACUAUGAAAUAGUAACUCAUCUUGAGGGGUUGAUCCAUUCUCAUCAGCAUCAUUGCUCUCCCUGUGUCUGCUUCAAAUGUCAGUGAAGGAAGAUGGACUCUUGCAGCUUCUCCACUGGGUGCCUCCUUUCUUUCCACAUAUAGUAGUUAAAGCAGCAAAAGUCCAGUGUGAUGCUCCAUAAGUUAGCAUUUUGUUGGAAUUAAAAUAUUGCCUACUAUGAGGAAAAAGAAAAUUAAGUAUUAGUACUCAUGAAGUAUCUUAAUAAACAAUAUGGGUAUAAUUGGGUGAAAAGCUUAUGCACUCAGCAUUAAACAUGAAACAAAAUUCUCAUAAUUAUCAAAGAGUGGAAGCUCUACUCAUAGAAGUCACUUGAGCCUAAUAUUGAGCAGUGGCUCUCUCUGCCCCAUAAACCAUCCCUGAGAGUGGACGGGCAAAAGGAGGAAAAUCUCCUGUGAGCAGAUUUUUCCAGUAAUACUUCUUAGGAUCCAAGCUCAUGUGUCAGUGUUUUGCAAAGCAAGAGAUAUGAUUAUUCCACAAGUAAUUGUCAAGUGAUUGACAAAUUAUAGAACAGAUGUACCUGUGUCUGCAGGUUGUCCAUAUGUAAAAUAUGUCUGUUUUGAGUCUGUGACAUGUAUAAGAACUUCUCAAGAACAUCAGUCCAUUUUAAUACGUUGACAAUAGUUGGUUUAAAUAUGACAAGAGUUCCUUAAAAUUGCAUUCAAUUUUAACAUGUUAAAGAAUUGCUAAAAUCUCAAGAAGAGUAUGGAGCUAGAACAUUUCAUUUGGAAAUUUCAGUACUUAGACUAAAUGGAAGAAAUAUUACAUUGGCACAAAUUAAAUAGAUAAAAUUAACAUCUUGGACAGCUAAAAUUAAAAUACCAACUGAUUUGAAAUUUAAAACAUGAGUUUUGGUUGCAGUCCCAUGGUCCAUGAAAGACUUUCCAAGGGGUCAUCAGAUUUCUUGAACCUUAGCUUCUAAGAUUGGAAAAAUGUUCAUUUUUAAGGAGAAACCUCAUACCCCAAGCUUCAUAUGUGAAAUAAUAGCAUCCAUAUUCUGUAUUUCUCCAGUGUCAGGAUUUGCCAAAAUAGGCUGUGAAUAAGUAGUACUCAUAGCCAUUCUGUGCUCUAACAUGAUCCAGAAUUAGGGAGAAUUAUGUUAGUCCUUGAAAUUAACAUAGUUCGUUUCUCUCUUAUUGGCAACAGUAGAAAGAAAGUUAAGACAAAGAAAAUUCAGCACAGGAAGGGAAAAAUAGAAAAUGGUGCCAUCUCUUCCUUGCUGAAGCUCAGAUACAUAGAUACUUUGAAUUUCUAGUACUGUAAUCUUCCAAAUUAGCAAAGACUUAGUAAGAUUAGAGGAUCAGAUAUUUAGAAGUGACCAUCCAUUCAUCACAGGUCAGCACCCAUAACUCAGCAUCAGGCAGGGAUUUAGAAGAUCACAGAUUCAAUCCUGCUUUGCUAAUUUGAGAGAUCUGGAAUUUGUUAUUCUGAACUAAAUCCCUUUUAGUAAUUUAAAUAGAUGCUUUGAAAAAGUCUACCUAGAUCAAGUCUCUUCUAGUAUUUUGGUAGAAAAUCUAAAGCAAUCACAUUUGGACAACGGCUGUCAUUUAUAAUA